AUGCUGUGUCGCAGCCCCAAGGCGUGGAGCGGCCCGCUCUUUUGGUUUCCAGCCAAUGUCAACGCUGUGAACGCGCGCUUCACCGCUCUCCAGGUCGUUGUCGUGUCUAUCCUUGGCAUCAUCUUUCGCUACAAUGAGAUCAUGCGUUAUGCUAUCGCUGGCAUGUGUGCCGACUUUAUCCUCAGGCUGUUUGCAGGAGGUCGUGCUUCGAUCCAGGGUACCAUCGCGGAGUUGUUCUCGUACUACUUCAAGAGGGAGAUGGUGGCCGGACCCCCCAAGCAGUUCGCCGCCUUCUGCGGCAUCAUGUUCUCCGGCUUGGCCACACUCUUCCUCUUCCUCGGCGGAGAAGGCGAGUACGGCGCUGGCGAUGGCGAGGGCUUCUUCAUCACGGGCCAGAUCAUCCUCGGCGCGCUCGCUGUCGCCGCUGGCAUGGAGGCACAUUUCGCUCCACCCCCCAACUCGACGCUCUUGGGCAUGAUUGCUCAUCGGCUGGGCGUGUUCGGUUUCUGCGCCGGCUGCAUGAUGUUCACGAUGGCCGUCAAGCUGAAGCUCGUCAGCCACCACGUGUUCGACAUCUGUGAGGACUCUCUCGACGAAACCGAGGAGGCUCUCGCCGAGGAACGCUCGUGGCCCAUCGGCUCCGUCGUCUUCUCCUGGCUGUGCGACAAAUGCCCUCCGUUCAAAGUGUUCAUCUUCUUUGAUAACUCCCACGGAGGCGCUCCAAAGGCGAAGUCGAAGAAGGAGGACUCGGAGAUGGACGAGAGGUCCGGAAGUGGCCGCGAUGGCGAGAAGGGCAAGGAUAAGGGAGGCGAGGCGCAGGAGGAGAUCGAUGGCUGGUCUGACCUCGAGAGCGAGGACAAGAAGCGAGGUACCGAUUCGACGCGCCGCUCGCUGGGCCAGCGCAUCUGGCGGGGCAAGCUGCUCGACGGCAAGAAGCAGGCCACCUUUGAGCCCAAGUUCAAGGAGAAGGAGGUCAAGGAGAUCAUCAACCUCACCUACAAGGAGCAGGAGCUCGAGGGCCUCGAAAAGAACGACGGUCGCAAGCUGCACGAGAGGCGCGUGGUGCUGGGCACUCCGCACACCGAGGAGAUGAUCCGCUACGAGUGGAACCCGAUCAGGAACAUGAAGAUCACCUACAUGGGCGUCCCCAUGGGCAUCUUGGGCAUGGCUGCCGCGUGGCGGGUGUGCGACGCCGUUUUCGCCGGUACCGGCAAGGGCUGGUGGGCCACCUUCGGCAUCGCGGGCGCUGCGCUGCUGCUGCUCUUUGCCGUGAUGUACCUCGUGAAGAUGUUCCUCUAUCCGAGGAAGGUCCUGUCCGAAUGGGACUGCCCCAUCCAGGGUCCGUUCUUCUCGGCCGUGACGAUCGACAUUUUGCUGCUGUCCUUCUUGAUCGAGAGCGACCACAACGAUUUGGCCAAAGUCUUGUUUUGGAUUGCGGCGCCGGUUCAGCUCUUCCUGGGAGUGAACGCCGUGGCGCGCUGGGCGCUCGUGCCCCACUAUAUUGAGACCAUCAACCCCAACUGGAUGAUCCCCGUGGUGGGCAACCUCGUCGCUGCGCUGGUCGCGCCUCGGCUCGACGACGGCUACGACGAGGUCGCCUGGCUGUGGUACGGUUUUGCUAUUCUCUAUUGGAUCCCGCUCUUCGUCAUGUCGGUCCUCCGCGUCACCACCCGCGAGGCCUUGGAUGACAGACUGACGUCAUCGCUGUUCGUCUGGCUGGCUGCCAUCUCGGUGGCCUGCAGCUCCUACGUGGCCAUCAAGGCGGCCAACUGCCACUGCGACCCCUGGGAGUUGGACUACUACCCUCGCAUGCUUUAUUUCGCGGCCGUCGGCAUCUUCCUCGUGCUCGCCUACAUGACUCUUCACCACUACUUUGGCCGCAACAGGUUCGAGAUGAGCUACUGGGGCUAUACUUUCCCGCUGGCCACGCUCUCGAUGGUGACCAUGGACUACUACCAGUUGGUCGGCUCGGGCCUGCUCAAGGCGCUCAGUUGGAUGUCGCUCAUCCUGGUCACCUUCGUGGUCGCCAUGUGCGCCCUCCACACCCUCGUCCUCCUGCAGAAGCGGGCCGACCUCUUCGUGCCCAACGAGAAGUGGGGACCGCUCUCCUUCAUGAAGAUCAUCCACUUUGCCCUUCGCGGCGCCACCAAAAAGCUGGAACGAUUUGGUCGAUUCCUGGACGCCGACGACGAGAGGAGCAUCGUGCGGUUCGUGCGCAUCUUCAAGUCCAUCCACAUGAUGCACGCCGAGCAUUCGCAACACGAGGAGCAGAUCCUGUAUCCCUUCUUCAACAGCUACUUCCCCGGCUACUGCCGCUUCGUUGGCAAGGAACACACCGAAGGCGAGCACGAACUGGCGGAAGCUGCCAGCGCUGUGGAGAGCCUUCUUCACUCCGACAGUGCCGGCCAGAGAGCAAGCGCCGUGCAAGACUUGAAGAAGAUGUUACCGACACUGAUCGAGCACCUGAUCGAGCAUCUGGACUAUGAGGAGCUCUACGUCAACCACGUGCCCAAGAAGUACUUUAACCCCAAAAUCACCCGCAAGCUGACCAGGCAGAUCUGGGAAUCGACUUCGGCCGAGAAGUGGGCCGUGCUGGUGCCCUUCGUCAUCAACUUUUCGCCCCUGCUGGGCCAGAAGGCCCGUUUCCUGCGGUGUCUGCGCUGGGCGAUGCCCGAGAGGAUCCAGCAGGUGGGCGGCAUGGUCUACGACGGGGUCUCGCCCACCAUGUGGCAGCGCCUCACCAAGUUCGUGCCGGAGAUGGCGCCCCGCGGCGUCUUUGGCUGGACCCGAUACUACUAA